CCUUUUAAGUUGCAUUACUGAAAUAAAUGAAUUUUUGCAUAAUAUUCUAAUUUUUCAAGUUUCACCUGUAUUCUGAAGUGUGCAAUAAAUCAGAGUGAGUAGAAAAUUGUACCCCUUUCUUCCAAGGGAUUUCAUGCAAUGAUCAAUCCUGCUCCACCCACCCAAAGAAGAUGAAAAGUUGCUUUCUGCUCUCCUUACCAGAAAUACUCUUCUCCAGCUAUGAAUUAACUUUUGAAGGCAAGAAGCAGCAUUCUUGCCCUGUAGCCAGGGUAAAAAAGCUGAUGAGUUAAAAUGUUUGAUAGUGUGUCCUUCUAGUUGGCACCUCAUUGAAUAGUGCAGUGUGCUAAAUAAUUUUACGAAGAUAGUAGAAGGUGUUACUUUACAGUACUUUUGCAUUUUAGAAUUCAUUUAGGAUCAAACUGUUUAUAAGACACAAAUUGCCUCUAUAAACAUCAGAAUCUACAUAAGGAAUCUUCACAGUCUGAAUGUGGAGAGCUGGUAUGCAACAAUCCAGAAUAUCAUUAGAAGACAGGAAAUAUACAGGAAACAUCAAAUCGACUGGACUUCAGCAGUCCGGUUCCGAUAGCCCUACAUUUUCCCCUAAGCAGGGAAAACAUGGAAUGUUUGCAAGUUAAAAGAAGCCUAUUGCGCAAAAAAAAAAAAACCCGAAUCCGUACUUAAUCCAGAACAAAAUCCUGCUUCGUGGCGAGGUCUUUAGGUGAUAGCUUCUUUUCUGUAAAUUGUCAAAUUUAUAGCAAACGUCUGAAAAUAAGGAUUCUUUAACCCUGAUCGAUUCUGUGAUUAAGCACCAUUUUAAUUUCCAAGAUGCACAGCCCCGCAUUUUAUACGGCUCAAACCAACAGAAGAGGGGUUUUUUUUCCAACGGUCUCCACCCUCUCGGCGCAGCGCUCGGGGGGAGGAGACAUUUCAUUAUUACGCAGGCGCACAAAUAAGCAAGGAAAAAAAAAAAUCUCGGUGGCCCGUGAAGUGCGACAUCCCUCCUGGUCCAUGGCACAACAUUGUACGACAACCAAUAUCUUUUUACGACUUGUAACGACGGUUGUUUUCCUUGUUGCUCCGCGACGGGCCGUUUCUUGCCGGUUGUAUCUUCGAACCGAUUUUAGUUGACCAAGGUUCUCACAGACUAUUUUAACUUCUGUACAUCAUGGAUACCGAACAGAUUAUUGAAGGACAGCCACAGGUUCCAGAAAAUCCACAUGCAGAAUAUGGCCUUACGGAAAAUGUAGAGCGGAUAGUGGAAAAUGAGAAAACAAGUGCAGAAAAAACAUCGAAGCAGAAAGUGGACCUUCAGUCAUUACCUACACGUGCAUAUCUGGAUCAGACAGUUGUCCCUAUCUUAUUACAAGGCCUUGCAGUCCUUGCAAAGGAGAGGCCUAUAAACCCUAUUGAAUUUUUAGCGGCGUAUCUGUUAAAAAAUAAAGCACAGUUUGAAGACAGGAAUUAAAUUCAUCCGGACAUUGACAAUUGAUUGCUAUGUUCUGUACUAAAAACAUGAAUCAUUGUCUGAUACAUAAAUCCUGCAAAACCAAAAAUUCUCAUGUACAGACCAUUAAUUGAAUUAUUUAAUAAAAUACCUUAUAUAAAUUAUGAAAUGUG